GCUCUGCGGCGGGACGCUGUGUCAGGGGCGCUUUGCAUAGCACUCCGCACGCACGGAGCAGGGCUCUCGCCCCGAGGCUGCCCCGGGAUGGCAGUGAAGUACGGGGAACUCAGAGAGACACCGUGACCCCAGGCUGAGCCCGAGGCGCGCCACUCCUCCCGGAGGCGACAUGGGGCACCCGGUGUACCGCGGCGAGAAGCCCCAGCUGCACUACGCGGGUGAUUUCACCUGGAACAGCAUGUCAGGCCGCAGUGUACGGCUGAGGUCAGUCCCCAUCCAGAGUCUCUCAGAGCUGGAGAGGGCCCGGCUGCAGGAAGUGGCUUUUUAUCAGUUGCAACAGGACUGUGACCUGAGCUGUCAGAUCACCAUUCCCAAAGAUGGACAAAAGAGAAAGAAAUCUUUAAGAAAGAAACUGGAUUCACUAGGAAAGGAGAAAAACAAAGACAAAGAAUUCAUCCCGCAGGCAUUUGGAAUGCCCUUAUCCCAAGUCAUUGCGAAUGACAGGGCCUAUAAACUCAAGCAGGACUUGCAGAGGGAUGAGCAGAAAGAUGCAUCUGACUUUGUGGCUUCCCUCCUCCCAUUUGGAAAUAAAAGACAAAACAAAGAACUCUCAAGCAGUAACUCAUCUCUCAGCUCAACCUCAGAAACACCGAAUGAGUCAACGUCCCCAAACACCCCGGAACCGGCUCCUCGGGCUAGGAGGAGGGGUGCCAUGUCAGUGGAUUCUAUCACGGAUCUUGAUGACAAUCAGUCUCGACUACUAGAAGCUUUACAACUUUCCUUGCCUGUUGAGGCUCAAAGUAAAAAAGAAAAAGCCAGAGAUAAGAAACUCAGUCUGAAUCCUAUUUACAGACAGGUCCCUAGGCUGGUGGACAGCUGCUGUCAGCAUCUAGAAAAACAUGGCCUCCAGACAGUGGGGAUAUUCCGAGUUGGAAGCUCAAAAAAGAGAGUGAGACAAUUACGUGAGGAAUUUGACCGUGGGAUUGAUGUCUCUCUGGAGGAGGAGCACAGUGUUCAUGAUGUGGCAGCCUUGCUCAAAGAGUUCCUGAGGGACAUGCCGGACCCCCUUCUCACCAGGGAGCUGUACACAGCUUUCAUCAACACUCUCUUAUUGGAGCCAGAGGAACAGCUGGGCACCUUGCAGCUCCUCAUAUACCUUCUACCUCCCUGCAAUUGUGACACCCUCCACCGCCUCCUACAGUUCCUCUCCAUCGUUGCCAGGCACGCCGAUGACAACAUCAGCAAAGAUGGGCAAGAGGUCACUGGGAAUAAAAUGACAUCUCUAAACUUAGCCACCAUAUUUGGACCCAACCUGCUGCACAAGCAGAAGUCAUCAGACAAAGAAUUCUCGGUCCAGAGUUCAGCCCGGGCUGAGGAGAGCACGGCCAUCAUUGCUGUGGUGCAAAAGAUGAUUGAAAAUUAUGAAGCCCUGUUCAUGGUUCCCCCAGAUCUCCAGAACGAAGUGCUGAUCAGCCUGUUAGAGACUGAUCCUGAUGUCGUGGACUAUUUACUCAGAAGAAAGGCUUCCCAGUCAUCAAGCCCUGACAUGCUGCAGUCGGAAGUUUCCUUUUCCGUGGGAGGGAGGCAUUCAUCUACAGACUCCAACAAGGCCUCCAGCGGAGACAUCUCCCCUUAUGACAACAACUCCCCAGUGCUGUCUGAGCGCUCCCUGCUGGCUAUGCAAGAGGACGCAGCCCCGGGGGGCUCAGAGAAGCUUUACAAAGUGCCAGGGCAGUUUAUGCUGGUGGGCCACUUGUCGUCGUCAAAGUCAAGGGAAAGUUCUCCUGGACCAAGGCUUGGGAAAGAUGUGUCAGAGGAGCCUUUCAAUAUCUGGGGAACUUGGCAUUCAACAUUAAAAAGCGGAUCCAAAGACCCAGGAAUGACAGGUUCCUCUGGAGACAUUUUUGAAAGAAGCUCCCUAAGAGCGGGGCCUUGCUCCCUUUCUCAAGGGAACCUGUCCCCGAAUUGGCCUCGGUGGCAGGGGAGCCCCGCAGAGCUGGACAGCGACACGCAGGUGGCUCGGAGGACUCAGCCCGCAGCCCCCGCGACAGAGGGCAGGGGCAGGGCCCACCCUGCGGUGUCGCGCGCCUGCAGCACUCCCCAUGUCCAGGUGGCAGGGAAAGCCGAGCGGCCCAUGGCCGGAUCGGAGCAGUACUUGACCCUGAGCGGCGCCCACGACCUCAGCGAGAGUGAGCUGGAUGUGGCCGGGCUGCAGAGCCGGGCCUCACCUCAGUGCCAAAGACCCCGUGGGAGCGGGAGGGAUGACAAGCGGCCCCCACCUCCAUACCCGGGCCCGGGGAAACCCGCGGCGGCGGGGACGGUGGCGGCCCGGAUCCAGGGGCCCCCGGAAGGCGUGGGGACAGCCACGGACCAGGGAGGCCAAGCAGCCGAGCGAGAGCAGCAGGUCACGCAGAAAAAACUGAGCAGCGCCAACUCCCUGCCAGCAGGUGAGCAGGACAGUCCGCGCCUGGGGGACGCUGGCUGGCUCGACUGGCAGAGAGAGCGCUGGCAGAUCUGGGAGCUCCUGUCCGCCGACAACCCCGAUGCCCUGCCGGAGACGCUGGUCUGAGCCUGUGCCCAGCCAAGACCCCAUGCCCCACGCCCCCCGCCCUCCAGCCCAGGGUGGACCGUGGGUGGUGGCCACUGGCACAUUUAGUGUUCUUCUUUCACGCUUCUCAAAAGCGACACAAGAGAAAUCCAGUUCACCUACAGAGGUAGAGCACUCACGCCCCCGCCAUUGAGAAUAAGGUUCCAUUGCGUAGCCAGCCUUAGGAAAACAAACAGAACCCAAACCAGAUGGCAAUGUCCAAUCUAAAAACGUCCCUUUUGGCUCUAUAAUAUAAGAUACAACUCUUGCUUUGGUAUAGCCUAACAGUAUUUAUGUGUCUUCAGUUUUGACUAUUGUAUAUUCUGUAACAGAUUAUGUAUAAUCAUAUAUGAUAUAUUCACAAAGAGAAAACAAAAGGAACAAUUAAAAAAAAACACUUCACUUACAUUAAGCAAUGAGAUAUACUAAACAAUGAGAUUCUAUAGAAUGUUCUAGAAUAUGCACAAGCAGGUUUCUGUGCUUUUGCCAUAGCUUUAUAACUGGGGAUAACCCUUACGUCAAUACCUAAUGAAAAUACUAACAAGAUGAAACAAUAUGAGAAGCCAUAUUUUUAUAUAGGAGUCAGAUACAAAAAGAAAACUCACUGAAUGGUUUUUGAUAUUGAAUACGUUUUCAGGAAAAUGCUAAAUCUGAUAGAUUAUGAAAUAUAUUUUUAGAACUUGUUUAGAAAGGAUUCAGUUAACCAAACAAGAAAAAGGCAGUGCCUCACAAAGAAAUUAAGAAGUUGUCCGUCCCACAUUACAUCAAAUUCAGUUUUAUAUAGGCCAUAUAUAAUAUAUAUUUAUAAUGUAUAAUUUUUAUGUAUUUUUAAAAACUACAAACUGGAAUCCCACUAUAAAGUGUUUAAGAAUCUACAUAGAAUAUUCAAACUAUAGAACAUGUUUUUCCCUUUGCCCCAUAAUCAGUAUUUGCCAAAUUACAUGCAAUUCUUUAAAACCUAAAUCACAUUUGGUAGAAAGCCUACAGCUUUGUACUUACAUUGUGCCAAAGGCUGAGGAAAUGUUUUCUUUCGUAAUUUUAUAUGUAUUGUAAAAUGUUCUACCGUACUUUAGUAGUUUGAAGUUUUUCAAGUGCAUAACUAUUUUUGACCAGCAGAUGGCGAUACGCUUCAGUAUUUUAUGCAAUUUUUUUUCACUUCUGAAGGGACAGUGUAUCAUAAAAAAAGAUUUUUUUUUUUUUUUAAAUAAAACAUGCUACUCUUAAUUUUCAUGUUGGUGAUGAAAUUUCCAGUGCUGUUUCUUAAGGUUCUAUCUUGUGCCAUGAUGAAUAAAAAGUUAAGCAAA